AUGGGAGAUGCCUGGCUGAGUCCUGUCUCCGUCACUGCUACAUCGAAUCAAUUGGGUUGUGGAUGUUAUUCCGUGAAGAAGAACAGUUAUGUCUGGUCUUUGAGUCACUCGUUGGACUUUGCAUUGACCAUGAAGCCGAAACGAAGGCGUCUACUCUAUGCUAGUCUAAAAAUGGAGUCUUUUUCAUUAGGAGCAACAAGACUCUGUUUCGGGAAGGUGAGUAGUGCAUCAGACAGAUCUUUCAACGGCGAAACUACGGGUUUGGUUUCGGAUUUUGGAUUGAAAAAAAGAGGGAAACAUCUUUGCGAUUUAGUGGUUGAGAAUAGAUUAGAAGAGAAGCCAGAAGCGGAUAGGAAUAGGAAUAGGAUUCAUUUUCUAGAGGAGAGGAACGAAGAGAUGCUAUCGAGGAGACUUCUGAAACUUAGCAGGUUGAAUAAAGCCAGAAGCGCUUUGGAGCUGUUUGAAUCUAUGAGAAUUUCGGGUUUACAACCAAACGCUCAUGCCUGCAACUCUUUUCUUUCGUGCCUUUUGAGGAAUGGAAACCUUCAGAAAGUCUUUAUCGUCUUUGAGUUCAUGAGGUCAAAGGAGAACGUCACAGGGCACACUUAUAGCUUGUUGUUGAAAGCUGUUGCAGAGGUCAAGGGUUGUGAUUCUGCGCUGAGAAUGUUUAGAGAACUAGAGAAGGAUCCAAAGCACAAGAGUAACUUCGAUGUGAUUCUAUACAACACCGUGAUCUCUCUAUGUGGACGGAUAAAUAACUUCGGUGAGGCAGAGAGAAUCUGGAGAGUUAUGAAAGGUGAUGGUCAGAUUGGAACAGAGGUUACGUAUUCUCUGCUUGUUAGCAUAUUUGUUCGGUGCGGGAGAAGCGAAUUGGCGCUAGAUGCAUACGAUGAGAUGAUUAACAACAGAGUAUCUCCGAGAGAGGAUGCAAUGUACGCUAUGAUGAACGCAUGUACGAAGGAAGAAAAAUGGGCUCUGGCCUUAAAGAUAUUUCAGAGUAUGUUGAAGAAAGGGAUGAAGCCUAACCUUGUAGCGUGCAAUACUUUGAUAAAUUCGUUAGGGAAAGCUGGGAAAGUUGGAUUGGUGUUAAAGGUUUACAGUGUUGCAAAAUCUCUGGGGCAUAAACCAGACGAGUACACGUGGAAUGCGCUGCUCACGGCUUUAUACAAGGCAGAGAGACAUGAAGAUGUUCUUCAGCUAUUUGAUAUGGUGAGAAGUGAAAAGCUUUGUAGUCUGAAUGAAUAUUUGUACAACACAGCUAUGAUGUCAUGCCAAAAGCUUGGUUCAUGGGAGAAAGCUGUGAAGCUUUUGUAUGAGAUGGAAGUUUCUGGAUUAACAGCUUCAACUUCAUCGUAUAACCUGGUGAUAAGCUCUUGCGAGAAAUCAAGGAACUCGAAAGUUGCAUUGCAAGUGUAUGAGCACAUGGCUCAAAGGGGUUGUAAACCAGACACGUUUACGUAUCUGUCGCUUGUAAGGAGCUGCAUUUGGGGUUCACUUUGGGACGAGGUUAAAGAUAUCCUAAAGAAAGUGGAACCUGAUGUGUCGCUUUACAACGCAGCUAUACAUGGGAUGUGUUUAAGACGGGAGUUUAAGUUUGCAAAGGAGCUGUAUGUCGAAAUGAGAGAGAUGGGUCUAGAGCCAGAUGUGUUCAUUGUCCUCGGAAGCUAUUUGAAGCACAAGCUGGUAUCGGACAUUGUUGUUUGUGGCGGCGUUACGACAGAGACCAAAGGUUGA